AUGUUUAUACCUCGAGUAAUUAAAAGACCAAGCGCUAUUCCUGUGAAUAAAAAUAAAAAAGCUAAAAUAAUUAAUACAGAAAAAGUAAAUUCUUCAAUGCCAACUACUGCCACCAUUACUAUUACCACAAGACCAUCGCCAAAAAAUACUUCAGAAGAAGAAGAAGAACCUGUUAAAGAAUUUAGUCAGCAACAACGUGACGCUUUAGUAGACGAACCAACUUGUAUUAUAUGUGGAAAAUAUGGCGAGUAUAUUUGUGAUGAAACAGAUCAUGAUGUCUGUAGUAAUACAAUACCAGCAGUUCAAUUACUUCAACUACAGUCAAAUUCAAACGUUUUUCAUUCACAGCUUACUGCAUACACUUCACAUUCACAAAUUAAUAAACUGUCCGAGGCUCAAAUAUCACAAAUAUUAACAAAAAAUAAAAUAAUCACGCACGGAAAAAAUGUUCCUCGUCCUAUACUAAGUUUUACACAUUGUGCCAUGCCACAAAAAUUAUUUGAAAAUGUUCAACAAGCGGGAUAUCUAAAUCCAACGCCAAUACAAAUGCAAGCCAUUCCAACUAUUUUGAGUGGGCGUGACGUGUUAGCAAGUGCUCAAACAGGAUCUGGAAAAACAUUAAGUUACUUAAUACCUGUAAUAGUACAUUCAUGGUCAUUAUCACAACUUCAUAAUAGUAAGAAUGGCCCAUAUGCUAUAAUUAUGGCACCGACAAGAGAAUUAUGUGCACAAAUAGAAGAAAAGGUAAAGGCUUUGGUAAAAGGCCUGAUGAAUAUGAAGACUGUUCUUUUAGUAGGCGGAUUGCCGAUGCCUAAUCAGAUACAUCGACUGAAACAAGGUGCUCAAAUAGCUGUUGCAACACCGGGAAGAUUGCUGGAUUUAUUAAAUCAUAUUAACAAUGAAGAUAUAUCAUUGUCAAUGAAUAAUGUUCAUGUUUUAGUGUUAGACGAAGUAGAUAUGAUGUUUAAAAUGGGAUUCGAGAAUCAAGUGAUGGAAAUAAUUGGUAAUAAAUUAACUUUGGAAUGUGGAAAACGCCAAACCCUCAUGUUUUCAGCUACCAUUCCAACAAACAUCGAGAUACUUGCAAAGUCAUUGUUGAAUGAUCAUAUUAGAAUCACAGUUGGGAACAUUGAUGAUAAUGAGAAUAGUGAGAUUAGCUCCAAAGAUAAUCGGCCCAAGAAUGCUUCAACUACAAAAGGCGUGAUAAGUAUACCAGUUAAACAAACAAUAUUAUGGGUGGAAAAUAAAUCAAAAAAGAAACAAUUAUUUUCGAUAUUGAAUGACCCAAAAUAUUAUCGUCCACCUAUUAUUAUAUUUGUAGAGUCAAAGAUGGGAGCGGAUUUAUUGUCAGGUGCGAUAGAAAAAAAAUGUUUUGCAAAAACAGCGAGUAUACACGGCGACAAACCACAGGAAGAAAGGAUUCAGAUAUUGAAUUCAUUUCUGGAAGGAGAAUAUGAAAUUAUAGUAUCAACUGGUGUCUUGAGCAGAGGGUUAGAUUUGCCUAAUGUUAAAAUGGUGGUGAACUUUGAUAUGGCAGUAUCAAUUGAUGAAUAUAUUCAUCAAUGUGGAAGAGCAGGUGGAUACACUCAAAAUCAUCAAAAUCCGGGUUGGGCAAUAACUUUUAUCAAUGAGUGA